UUCCGGCGACAUGGCAAAACGCACCAAGAAGGUCGGGAUCGUCGGGAAAUAUGGGACCUGCUACGGUGCCUCCCUCCGGAAAAUGGUGAAGAAAAUUAAAAUCAGCCAGCACGCCAAGUACACGUGCUCCUUCUGUGGCAAGACCAAGAUGAAGAGACGAGCCGUCGGCAUCUGGCACCGUGGUUCCUGCAGGAAAGCAGUGGCUGGUGGGGCCUGGACCUACAACACGACUUCUGCCGUCACAGUGAAGUCUGCCAUCAGAAGACUGAAGGAACCGAAAGACCAGUAA